AUGAUGCCGGUCGAGAAGUUCUUCUCCGGCCCGGUCAUGACCAUGCCGGCCUCGAUUUUCGCGCAAACGAUUUCCGGUGAUUAUCCUGACGAUGACGAGCGCUUCCAGCACAACCCAACCGAUGGCGACCUCUAUUUUCGUGCAGACUACAGCACGCUAACCUCGGUGCCCUGGGAAAGCGAUCCGACCGCGCAACUCAUUCACGAUGCCUAUACGCGCCAGGGAGCCCCGGUGGAAACGGCACCGCGCAACGUGCUGAAGCGCAUUUUGAAACUCUACGAGGACAAGGGCUGGGAGCCCGUUGUUGCACCGGAAAUUGAAUUUUACCUGGUGAAGCCGAACACCGACCCAGACUAUCCGCUGGAGCCACCGACCGGCCGCUCCGGCCGUCCCGAGGUUGGUCGUCAAUCCUAUUCGAUUUCAGCACUGAAUGAAUUCGACGACCUUAUCGACGAUAUCUAUGACCUUUCCGAACACCAGGGACUUGAGAUCGACACACUGAUCCACGAGGAAGGCGCUGCGCAGAUGGAAAUCAAUCUGCGCCACGGCAAUCCGCUUGCCCUUGCCGACCAGGUGUUCCUGUUCAAGCGUACGAUCCGCGAAGCCGCGCUUCGGCACGACAUGUACGCGACCUUCAUGUCCAAGCCGAUGUCGCAUCAACCCGGUUCGGCAAUGCAUAUCCACCAGUCGGUGAUCGAUAAGGAAACCGGCCGGAACAUAUUUGCCGGAGAAAAUGGCGAGGAAACACCCGCGUUCCUCUCCUUCAUUGCAGGACACCAGACAUAUCUGCCGAAAGUCACCUGCAUCAUGGCGCCUUUCGUCAAUUCCUACCGGCGCUUUUCGAAGACGUCGACGUCACCGGUCAACGUCUACUGGGGUUAUGACAACAGAACGGUCGGAUUGCGCGUGCCCUAUUCCAGCCCGGAGGCGCGGAGACUUGAGAACCGGAUUCCCGGAUCCGACGCCAAUCCCUAUCUUUCGAUCGCGGCAAGCCUCGCCUGCGGUUACCUGGGUAUCGUGAACGAGUUGACGCCCGAUGCACCCAGGAGUGACGAUUGCACCGAACUUGCCAAAUCGCUGCCGCGUGGUUUGCCGGAAGCUGUCGCAAAAUUCGAGAAUUCCGACGAGAUGGUUGAAAUCUUCGGCGAGACAUUCGUCGCCACCUAUCGUGCGAUCAAAUACGAGGAAUUCGAAACCUUCAUGUCGGUGAUCAGCGCAUGGGAACGGGAAUAUCUCCUGCUCAACGUCUGA